GACAGCGCGCGGAGGGAAAAAUCCGCGAGACCGCGCGGGAGAAGAUGGCGGUGCUGGAGAAGAGUUUGCAAUCUUUGUGACUAGGCGAGUCGGGUAACUGUUCCGGCCAUGGCGUCAAACUCAACCAAGUCUUUUCUGGCCGACGCCGGCUAUGGCGAACAGGAGCUGGACGCUAACUCUGCUCUUAUGGAACUGGACAAAGGUCUGAGGUCUGGCAAACUCGGGGAGCAGUGUGAGGCGGUUGUCCGCUUCCCUCGGCUUUUCCAGAAGUACCCCUUCCCUAUUCUCAUCAAUUCAGCAUUCCUAAAGUUAGCUGAUGUUUUCAGAGUUGGAAACAACUUUCUGAGGCUCUGUGUUCUCAAAGUGACCCAGCAAAGUGAAAAGCACCUGGAGAAGAUUCUGAACGUGGAUGAAUUUGUGAAGAGGGUUUUCUCAGUGAUUCACAGUAAUGACCCUGUGGCAAGAGCUAUCACUCUCCGGAUGUUGGGAAGUCUGGCAUCAAUCAUCCCUGAGAGGAAGAAUGCCCAUCACAGUAUUCGACAGAGUUUGGAUUCCCACGAUAACGUAGAAGUUGAAGCUGCUGUUUUUGCAGCCGCGAACUUCUCUGCACAGUCAAAGGAUUUUGCUGUAGGAAUAUGUAACAAAAUCAGUGAAAUGAUUCAAGGCUUAGCCACACCAGUGGACCUGAAGCUGAAGCUGAUCCCCAUCCUGCAGCACAUGCACCACGACGCCAUCCUGGCCUCCAGUGCCCGCCAGCUCCUGCAGCAGCUGGUCACGGCCUACCCCUCCACCAAAAUGGUCAUCGUGUCCUUGCACACUUUCACUCUGCUUGCAGCCUCCUCUUUGGUUGACACACCCAAGCAGAUCCAACUUCUGUUGCAGUAUUUGAAGAAUGACCCCAGGAAAGCAGUGAAGAGACUUGCUGUGCAGGAUCUGAAGCUACUUGCUAGUAAGACACCACACACCUGGAGUAAGGAGAAUAUUCAGGCACUCUGUGAAUGUGCCCUCCAGACUCCUUAUGAUAGCUUGAAACUAGGGAUGCUGUCCGUUCUUUCCACACUAUCAGGGACCAUCGCCAUCAAACAUUACUUCAGUGUAGUUCCAGGAAAUGUAGGUUCUUCUCCCAGAUCUUCCGAUUUAGUCAAAUUAGCCCAAGAGUGCUGUUACCAUAGCAACAGGGGCAUCGCGGCUCAUGGAGUGAGAGUGCUAACUAAUAUAACCGUGUCUUGUCAAGAGAAAGAUCUCUUGUCACUGGAGCAGGAUGCUGUCUUCGGCCUGGAAUCUCUUCUGGUGCUUUGUAGUCAGGAUGACAGUCCAGGUGCUCAGUCCACUGUGAAGAUUGCUCUCAACUGUAUGGUGAAGCUGGCCAAGGGCCGGCCCCAUUUGAGCCGGUCAGUGGUUGACACUCUGCUGACUCAGCUGCACAGUUCUCAGGACACUGCCCGGAUCCUCAUGUGCCACUGCCUGGCAGCCAUUGCCAUGCAGCUGCCCGUCCUCGGUGAUGGAAUGCUUGGUGACCUCGUGGAGCUCUACAAGCUGAUUGGACGAUCAGCUACAGACAAGCAACAGGAACUUCUGGUAAGCUUGGCUACUGUGAUUUUUGUAGCCAGCCAGAAAGCACUGUCUGCGGAAGUAAAGGCAGUAAUCAAGCAGCAGCUUGAAAGCGUCUCCAGUGGGUGGACAGUAUACCGGAUUGCCAGGCAGGCUUCCAGAAUGGGCAACCACGACAUGGCCCGCGAGCUCUACCAGAGCUUGCUGACUCAGGUUGCGUCCGAGCACCUCUACUUCUGGCUGAACAGUCUGAAGGAGUUCUCACACGCCGAGCAGUGUCUGACUGGGCUGCAGGAGGAGAGCUUCAGUUCAGCGCUUGGUUGCAUUGCUGAGUCUUUGAAAUUCUACCACAAAGGGAUUGCCUCCUUAACAGCUGCCAGCACACCACUGAAUCCUUUAAGUUUUCAGUGUGAAUUUGUAAAACUCAGGAUUGAUCUUCUCCAGGCCUUCUCGCAACUUAUCUGUACUUGUAACAGCCUGAAGACAAGCCCUCCCCCUGCCAUCGCCACCACAAUUGCCAUGACCUUAGGAAAUGACCUUCAGAGGUGCGGCCGCAUCUCCAAUCAGAUGAAGCAAUCCAUGGAAGAAUUCCGAAGCCUUGCUUCCCGGUACCGAGAUCUCUAUCAGGCGUCCUUUGAUGCUGACUCAGCAACUCUGAGGAACGUAGAACUACAGCAGCAGAGCUGCUUACUGAUGUCUCAUGCCAUAGAAGCCCUGGUUUUGGAUCCAGAGUCAGCAAGCUUCCAGGAGUAUGGAUCCACGGGGACUGCCCAUGCUGACAGUGAGUAUGAGAGAAGAAUGAUGUCCGUGUACAAUCAUGUCCUGGAAGAGGUGGAGUCGCUCAACCGAAAAUACGCCCCUGUUUCCUACAUGCACACAGCAUGCCUCUGCAACGCCAUCAUCGCUUUGCUGAAAGUUCCUCUUUCAUUUCAGAGAUACUUUUUCCAGAAACUGCAGUCCACCAGCAUCAAGCUUGCUCUGUCGCCAUCUCCCCGGAACCCCGCGGAGCCCAUUGCUGUACAGAACAACCAGCAGCUGGCGUUGAAGGUGGAAGGUGUCGUUCAGCAUGGGUCUAAACCAGGACUCUUCCGAAGAAUUCAGUCUGUGUGUCUGAGUGUCUCUUCCACACUGCAGAGCAAACCUGGCCAAGACUACAAGAUUCCCAUCGAUAGCAUGACCAAUGAGAUGGAGCAGAGGGUUGAGCCACAUAAUGACUACUUCAGCACCCAGUUUCUGUUGAACUUCGCUGUCCUUGGAACACACAGCAUUACAGUGGAGUCCUCGGUGAGAGACGCCAACGGCAUUGUGUGGAAGACCGGCCCCAGAACUACCAUGUUUGUCAAAUCCCUAGAGGACCCCUAUUCCCAGCAGAUUCGCCUACAGCAGCAGCAAGCCCAGCAGCCUUUGCAGCCACAGCCGCAGCCGCAGCCUCGCAGUGCCUACACCCGGUUUUAAGUGUGCUCCAAACACACUGCACAGCCGUCAAAGUGCAAGAAGAGUCUGUGUCUUCAUGUGCAUUAAGUGUGAAUGUCACAGUGUGAAGUCCAUCACUCUCUAAUUUCUGUAGUGUGGCAUUCCGGAGAUUGUUUAAGAAAUCACCUGGCUCUCAGCCAGAAGAUUACAUCUUUUCAUUUCUUAAACCACCCAGUCUUCUGCCUCACACUUAGCAUUUUAGUUGUAUUGUUCUUUCUGAUUGGUGAGCUUUUCUUUCAAGAAUAGUCACAGAUCAUUGGUAGAUUUGACUGUGUCUCUACCAGAAUUAUUGUGCUAACUGGCCCAGACCUGUAGUUAUGAGACAGGCAGUGGGAAGUCCUGUCCAGUGUGUGUCAGGUUCAUCCAGGGCUGGAGAAUGAGGCCUUCAAAAGGGACUGGAAAUUCUGUGGCACCUGCCUUCUAGACUGUGGGAGCCUGUGGUCCACAGUUAUAGCAUCCUGCUGCAUUGGUGCCACCUUUUGUCUGUUUCCUGUGCUAAAGCAAUGCUAGUUUAUUGUUUUGGUCUUUAAUUGACCCAAAAUUUAAUUUCUAUGUAGCAGCUAGCAGCUUUAUAGGAAAGUUGGAAAUGAAUAGUAUGUUGUUUUUUUCGGUCAUGUGACUGUAAUGUAGACUUUUUACAUUGUUUGUAGACGUGAAAGUGGCUUGAUAUAAUGUCUUCACCUUUGAUUUAAAAGGGACAGAUCCUUCCCUCUAGUUUCUACUAGACAAGUUAUGAACUCUGCACUUGAUGUCUAGACAGCAGUCUCCAUGGCUGGGAUGCUCAGGAAGCAGAGAUUUAUGGUUAGCCAGAAAAGCCCUUUUUCUAUUCAGUCCUGGUUGAAAACGAUAUGACAACAUACUUUAUUUACCUUUAUACCAGAUAUGUUGAACUGUAAGUGCUCGGUGCUUGGGGACCACAGGUAGUGGACAGCAUGACCAGAGCAUUGCCAAAGCGAGUGUGCGGUCAGUGGGCGGGCUGUAGUGCAGGGACUGAGAGCAUGAGCCCUGGAGUCCCUGUGUCAGUAAAUCUCUUCAUUUCUGUGCUUGGCGUUUUACUGUCUUCUCUUCAAAGUCAUACUGAUUCAUAAGAAGACUUGAGUUGUUUUUAAAUGCUGUUUGAGGUUUUUUCCUGUCACAUUACCUCUGGGGCUGAGAAGUGAUUGGCAUCUUGGGUUCCCCUGAGGUCACUUGCUUUAUGAGAUGUUGCCCCCAAAUAGCAAAUUCUGCUUAUCAUAGCAUGUGCAGAUCUACAGUUUCCACUCUAAGUGAUGUCUCCCAGAGCCACCAAGUUGCACACAGUGCACAGUCUGCACUUGGUCAGCGUCUGGGGAAAACUUCUAGAGCGCCAGGGAAGACGCUGUGUGGAGCCCGCUGUCUGUCCUUGGCUGGAUGUAGAAAGAGCUGAGUCAGUGUUCCACUUCUGGCUCUACAGUGAGUUGCUGUAGAGUCAGACUUGGGUCUUUACAAAAUGACUGAAUUAGGCUAGAUUUCUCCAGGCGAAUUCAGUUAUCAGAGAUAAACAUUAGGGAAAUGAUGUCUUUAAUGAGAGAUUCAGCUAAGGGCCAAGGAUCCAUCCCCUUAUUCUACCACAAGUCUGACUUGGUCCUCAGAAAAAGACUUUGUUUUGUUUUGGUUUUGUUUUGGCUGUCCUGGAACUUACUCUGUAGACCAGGCUGGCCUCAGACUCAGAGAUCCACCUACCUCUGCCUUCUGAGUGCUGGGAUUAAAGGCAUGCACCACCAUGCCCGGCCUAAAAACUUCUUUUAAUAACGUAAAAUUUGGGGAGAUCACAAAAGAAAUUGGUGGCCUACUAGAUUUGUUUUCUUUCUGAAGAAUUCUACAUGAAACAGUGCCUGAGACCUGAAAUUCACUCAGUAAUACAGGCUACUUAAAAGUAAAAAGGAUAGGCUGGGCAUGAUGGUGCACACCUUUAAUUGUAAUAUUGGGGGGAGGGGAGCAGAGGCAAGCAGAUCUCUUUGAGUUCGAGGCCAGCCUGGUCUACAAGAGUGAAUUCCAGUACAGCCAGUGCUACACAGAGAAACCCUGUCUGAUAGUUGUGGUUAUCAACUCCUGGAUUUUGUGUACUGGGACCCCAUACAAAGUUGGAAAGCAGUUAAAAUAAAAGCAGGUCCUGAUAGUAGAGAGUGCAAAAGUAACUGAAGCGCACUAGACUCAAGGUGUCGGGCAGACCCAGGAGUGGGAUCGUCUAGCUUUAUGUUCAGUAGGAUGCACUAUGUUUUUCUAUGAACUUAUUCAGGGAGAGGAUGUGUUUAUAAUUUUAACACUAAUGAAUAAAAAGAAAAGAGAUGAGCAUGCUAGUUAGGAAGUAAGCAUGUUUCCCAGUUGGCAGUACAGGCACUGAAGAAGGUCCACUGACUCAAAGGGCAGUCCUGCCUUGUCUUAGUCCUUAAGUAUUGUGUGGCCUCGUGACUGACUGUGAGGGCAUAGUCUUUGCGCCCACACUGCCCACAUCCAAACUUGUUUUACCUAAGUUUGUGACCUUAGGAAAGCUAAGUACUUGGUUACUAUUGCUGUGAUGAAACAGCAUGACUAAAAGCAACUGGAGAGGAGAGGGUUGAUUGGGCUCACCUGAAUCACAGUGCAUUUAGGGAAGUCAAGGUUGUAAAACAGCAGGAGCCUGAAGGUAGGAAGUAAUGCAGAGGCCGUGGAGGGGUGCUGCUUACUGGCUUGUUUAUCGUGGCUUGCUCAGCCUGCUUUCUUAGAGAACCACCAGCCAGGGAUGCCCUCAGCCACAGUGGGCUGGGCCCUCCCCCUCAGUCACUAAUUAAAUGCCCACAGGCCUGCCUACAGCCCACGCUUGUGAAGCUAUUUUCUCAGUUGAGGUUCUCUCCUCUGAUGACUGUAGCUUGUGUCAAGUUGACCUCAAACUAGCCACCAUACGUACUGUGGUUCCUGACAUAGAGACUGUUCUGCUUUAUGAGUAGAUGGGAGCAUUGAGGGCCCUGUAGUGCUGUUAGGGGAAAGCACAGGACGUGCCUACCACAUGGCAGGUGCCCUGCUUACCCUCAGCAUUAUUGCUCGUGUUGUUACUGUGCUCCUGUUGUUUCACAGGGUUAUGUUUUGUUUUUUUUUUCAUUUUUGAGAAGGCUCUCGAGUAGCCCAGGUUGGCCUUAAGCUUUCUCUGUGGCUGAGGCUGGCUGUGGAUUCUCCCUCCUCACCUAUCAACUGCUGACUUUGCAGACGUGCGCUUUCCCAGGCUGGGUCAGUUCUUAAAUUUCCUACCAACACACUUCAGGCUACACUGAAUAAUUAGAUAAAAUGUUUACCUGGUCAAAGUGGGAUUUCUUACCACUGCAUAUUAUAAACCAUUAAAACAUUUAAAAGCAAAUAUACAAAGAAAAUUAUAUGGAGUGGUUUCUGCCGGCUGCCUUCAGUGGCGAUGUUGAUGGUACAUUGGCUUGUUAUAUUCCAGUGUAAAUGAGCUCUUCCUGUGUGACCUGUGGAGCUCAGAAUGACCUAGGUGGCGGUGAUCUGCAACUGUAAGUCAUGUCACUCUUUACAGGCCCUGGAUUCCAUCCUCUGUACAGAAUUCCGAAGGGUUGGGGCUGGGCGGUUCAGUAAAGAGACAGAACCGACAUGGUUAGCCAGGGCCCCCAGGAAGGCACUUGAUUGUUCUGUGCCGUGUCUGCCAGCAGACUGGAGAAUCGGUGCCUGCCCGUUGGUAUCUAGAACUCGACUAGCCCAGGGUGAUGACGGCAAUGUUCUGGAUGUGCUGCAUUAGCCGCUGGCCACACUAGCUACGCAGUCCUUAAGAACAGCUCACAUGAGGGGGACAGAAGCGUUCAUUUUGCUCUACUUCAGUUCAGUGUGAAAGCCUGCUAAAGCUGCAGACUUGCUCAGUGAGGAGUGAGACUGAAAGGGGACUCGCUCUUGAGAUCUAGAUGAGUCUGUGGAACCUGGCACACUGGAGGCUUGUGUCUCCCCAUCAUCCAGCAGUUGUGUGCCUUGCUUCUGGUCACUCAACACCAUGUUGCUUAACGAAACCCUCCCCUGUCCACAGUGCUGCCCUUGGGCCCCUGUCAGUCUCACAUCUUGACAAGAAGUCCAGAGGUGAAGGGCUUAGACCUCCUGCCUGCAGCCCUCCAGCAGUUCACCCUCCCCCUGUUUCUCGCCUAUGAACACAGACCUUCCUAAUCAGAGCUGUGUGUUUCAUUGUCUCUGUUAGACCCAAUUCCCAUCCCGUGGUAGCUCAUUCUGAAGUGCGGCAAACAGCUGAGCUUUGACGUUUUUCUCCUCAACACCGAGGCCUGUAACCACUGUUUUCCACAGACUAGUAAAAAAAUCCUGAGGAUUGUAAA